AUGCAGACUACAUGGCAACAGCCAUCUCUCGACAUGGAGUGGAACAUGCAGCAGCCCUACCAGCAAUAUCCUUCUGCCUUCCAGUUCCUUGCUCUCGCCAACGAGACGCCCUCCAGAGUCUACAAGCGAAGGGCUUCGUCAAGAGUAUCCAAGCCCUCCAGUGCCGGCAACAGCCCGCACUCGCUGCCUCGCCGCCGCACCAUGACCAGCCAGUUGUGGGCAAACAAGCCUGAAGCUGCUCAUCCUGUGGCAGGAAACGUCGCUGUGAUGAAUAAUGGCCGCAAGUCGCGGCCGACGAGCUGGCACCCUUCAUCUCGUUAUGCAACUUUCAACCCAUACGCACAGCAGCAGCAACAACAACAGCAAAACUGCCAUCCGUCGUGGUUGAACCACGACUCUGCUGCUAACAUGGGACUCCAGCAAGACAACUCCACCUUUGGCAGUGCUUUGUCGACUCCAAUCACCUGUCCUGUCAGCGGCGAUCUCAUCUCCAACGACUCGUUUGCCAUGCUGGACAACUACUACGGCGCCUCCACCAUGACUCAAACGCAAACAUACGCCCCGGUCGAGUCGGUCGACAUGAUGUACCCUGGUUGGUCCAACAUGGCCUUUGCCGACCAAAUCUGGACGCAUCAUCCUUCUAGUGGCGGCUACUUGGCCGCAGCAGACCAAGUGGCCGACUUUUGCUGCCACGAGAGCGUCUCAUCCUCGGAUCCUUCGACCGCACCCGCCACGCCAGAUGUCACUGCUUUCAGCCACCCGGUCUACAAGAACGACGAGCAUUCCAUCUUGCCUCAAGCUGCCGCGGCCGCUGCCCGGGGAGACAACCUGGUCGCCCUCGGUCUUUACGACGAACCCCAGGUACUGUCUCUCGGCAGCAGCCUACUAGGCGGCACUCUCGAUUCGCUUCCUCAGGCCGGCAAGGGGCUCAAGCUAGAAGAGACCUUUAGCCCAGCGCCUGUGGCUGAAGAGGAUGAUGACGAUGCAGAGCAUGAUGAGGACUAG